GGGAAAUGAAGAAGAUAAAGAUCGAAGCAGCCACAGUGACGACGAUGAUAACACCUUUGAUCAUAUUAUUAUUAUUCUUCCCUUCAUUCUCACUCUCUUGUCAAGAUGAACAAAAACAGUCUCUCCUCCAAUUCAAAUCAAACUUCAUCAAUCUCUCCUCCACCGUUUUCGCCUUUGAAACAUGGGACCCUGUUUCCGAUUGCUGCAGCUGGAGUGGAGUCGUCUGCAAGAAUUUAAAGUCUCCGGCGAGACCUGUGAUCGGACUGUACCUUAGCUCUAUCACUCCCGGCGAGUACGGGCCAGUAGUGACUAGUGGAGUUCUGGCACCUCUGUUCCAUCUCAGGAGCCUAAUGUUCUUAGACAUAUCAUCCAACUACUUGAAAGGUGAAAUUCCGGGAGAUGGUUUAGCCAAUCUCACCAAAUUGGUUCGUCUCGACAUGAUGGAGAAUCGCUUCACCGGCCCAAUUCCUUCUCAGCUUUUUCGUCUCAGAUUCUUGAGCUAUUUGGAUUUGAGCGGCAGUUCUCUCGACGGGCUGCUGAGUUCUGAAUUGGGUAAUCUUAGGAGCUUGGAGACUUUGACGUUAGAUGGGAAUUCUCUCCGGGGGAAUAUCCCUGGAGAAAUCGGUAACUUAACCCAGCUACGAUCACUGUCUCUUAGGCAGAACAAGUUUUCCGGCGGAAUUCCCGCAGAAAUGAUGAAUCUGAACCGACUGGAAAAGCUUGAUCUUGGAGGGAAUUCUCUUUCACUAGAAAUCCCAAAUGAGAUUGGAAACUAUUUCACCAAUAUGACGAUUCUGUCACUAAACAAGAACAGCCUAAGCGGUGGAAUUCCGUUGUCAAUUCAAAAUAUGACCAAAUUGGAAACACUUCAUCUUGAGGAGAAUAUGCUUACCGGAGAAAUCCCACCAUGGUUAUUCGAUAUGGAGUCAUUAACGGAACUGUUCCUAGGCGGAAUCAGUAAUCUCACUUGGAGAAACGAUCUACAGAUUGAACCCAAAUGCAUGCUUUCUCGUCUCUCUCUCAGUUCUUGUGGCUUAUCCGGCGAAAUCCCACAAUGGAUUUCGACCCAGACCAACCUCAAUUUCCUCGAUUUGAGCCGAAACAAUCUUCAUGGUCCAUUGCCGAAAUGGCUGUCUGAAAUGGACCUCGGUAGUAUCAUCCUGUCGGAUAACAAACUCAACGGCACUCUUCCUCCUCGUCUCUUUAUAUCCAAAAGCUUAUCGGUUCUUGCUCUCUCUCGUAACGAUUUCUCCGGCGAGCUGCCUGAUAAUAUAGGAGCUGCUACAGAGAUAAUGAUCCUCAUGUUAGCCGAUAACGGCUUCUCAGGUUCAAUCCCGGAAUCAGUUACUAACAUAUCCAGGCUACUGUUGCUUGAUUUAUCCAGGAACAGAUUUUCCGGCGAGAAGUUCCCGGACUUCGACCCGAAUGGGUAUCUCGCUUUCGUUGAUUUAUCGUCCAACGAAUUCUCCGGCGAUGUCCCAACCAAGCUCUCCUCCGAAACUCGUAUUCUUUCAUUGGGGAAAAAUAAAUUCUCCGGCGGUCUGCCGAGAAACCUAACCCGGUUCACGAAGCUCGAACAUCUCGAUCUACAUGACAACCAAAUCUCCGGCGAGAUACCGGAAUUUCUCUCUCAAGUUUCAACCCUUCAAGUUCUCAAUCUCAGAAACAAUACAAUCGACGGCCCGAUUCCAAAAUCCAUUUCGAACAUCACAGGUCUUCAGAUUCUAGAUCUGUCUUUAAACAAACUCAACGGAGAGAUUCCUCAAGAGCUUGGAGAUCUCGUCGGAAUGAUUGAUACGCCGGAGAUAAUUUCGUCAAUCUCAGACGUAUUCACCUUCUCCAUCGAGUUCAACGACCUUCUAGUGAACUGGAAAAAAUCCAUUAGAGGUCUGUCAAGCCGAAGCCUAUCCAUAUACUCUUUGCUUGAUCUAUCGAGAAACCAAUUAUCCGGAACAAUCCCAGAUUCUUUAGGCAAUCUCAAGGGAUUGAAGCUGCUUAACUUCUCAUCUAACGAAAUCUCCGGCGAAAUACCUUCGAGUUUUGGAGAUCUGGAGAGUCUGGAGACCAUGGAUUUGUCGAACAAUAAGCUAUCCGGUUCGAUUCCUAAAACGUUUUCAAAGCUGAAAGAACUAGGGAUACUGGAACUGAGCAAUAACGAGCUCGUUGGUCGAAUUCCGGCAGGGGGACAAAUGAACACGAUGGUUGAUCCGAAAAUCUAUGCGAAUAAUAGCGGACUGUGUGGAGUACAAAUUCAGGUGAGAUGUCCCGGAGAAGACGAUAGGACGGCGCCUGACGGGGGGAAGGAUGAAGAAGAGAAGGAAUCAUGGUUUGCGUGGGAAGCAACUGCAAUUGGAUUUCCGGUUGGCUUUUUCGCAUCAAUCGGUGUUGUAUAUUUCACCGGAAUUGCUCUGCCUGUUCCCUGUUUCGCCGGCCGGAAAACUCAACGAACUCAAAGGCGUCGCCGACCUUAAGUAAAUUAGCCUGAGUUAUUAUUAUUAUUAUUAUUAUUAUUAUUAAAAACAUAUAUUUUAUAAUAAAAAUUAUUAGAAUGAA